UUUUGCGGUUAUGUAUUAUAGGUUAACAAAAUGGAUGUUGUAGGAGGAAGCGAAUUGGGAAUGCAUUUUAAUAGGAAUUUAAGGUUUAAUCCUCUUCCUGUAAUACCUCCAGGUUUAGAAUCUUUAUAUACAGCAUGUAGAAACAUAUAUCCACAACAACCCAAUCCUUUACAAGUUACAGCUGUAGUUAAAUAUUGGUUGGGUGGACCUGAUCCUUUAGAUUACAUUAGUAUGUAUGCAAACCCAGGGAUUCCAGACAAAGGAAUAAAACCACAUUGGCAUUAUAUUAGUUUUGGGUUGUCUGAUCUUUAUGGAGAUGGAAGAGUUCAUGAUGUUUCUGGAGCUGAUACACCAAGUGGAUUUGGAUUUGAAUUAACUUUUCGCUUACAACGAGAGCCAAAAGAGACCGCUCCACCUACAUGGCCUGCUGCUAUUAUGCAAGCGUUGGCAAAAUAUGUUUUUCAGUCAGAAAAUACACUAUGUGCUGGUGAUCAUGUUUCCUGGCAUUGUUCAUUAGACAAUAGUGAAUCUCGAAUUCAACAUAUGUUAAUGACUGAAGAUCCUCAACUAGGAACAGUAAUGACGCCAUUUGGACUUGUUACAUUUGUGCAGAUUGUUGGUGUUUGUUCAGAAGAACUUCAAGCAGCUCAAGGAUGGAAUGGACCUGGAAUUAUUGAAGUGAUGAAAAGUGUGCCUGGAGCUGGUGGACCAUGGUUAAUUACAGACAUGAGAAGGGGUGAAAAUAUUUUUGAAUUAGAUCCAAAUGUACAGGAGACAGUAGAUAAAGGUAUUGAAACAGAAGGAUCAAAUUUAAGUGGAGUAAGUGCUCGAUGCCAAUGGUCAGAGAAAAGAUCCUUAACUAAAGAUUCAAUUCGACAAGGAAAUAUUGAAAGUGAUGUAGAGCCUUCCAUUCCACAAAUUUCAGAACUAGAAUCAGAACAAAUCAAAGCAACACUAAGGAAAGGAUUAUUAAAUACAAAACGUGUCUUACCCCCGAUAAAAUCAACAAAUAGGAAUUCAGAAGUAUCAUCAGUCAUUGAUCAAAAUGAAAAUAACUCAAGAAAAGAAUCGUUUAGUAGUAAUGCAUGUAGUGAAAUGGCUGCUCUAGAAAGUAAUGAACUUCUUUCAACGAAGACAUUAGAAUCAGUGCAUUUACAAUUUAAUUUAGAAGCUGGAACAUUAUUACCAUUAGCCUUAAGGGGAAGACUCAAACAUGGUCGCCAUUUUACAUUUAAAAGUGUGGAAGGGGAUGUUGCAAUUACUCUUGUUGCUCCAAGUGUAGUUGGUGCUUUUGUUGAUGCAGAACAUCCAUAUGCUGCUCAUGGACCAUGGCUUCAAAUCUUGUUGACAGAAGAUACAAUUGAACAGAUCCUUCAAGAUUUAACAGAACUAUCACAGCCAGAUUCUCUGGUGUUGCCAAAGACAUUUUCAUGGCCUGAUAAGAAGUUAUCAAUAACUUUACUUCAGGAAGGUUAUUGAUGGUUGUCUUCUAUUCAUUAGUCUACUUUUAUAAAUUACAAUAAUGUACAGAAGUAUUUAUCUUCAUAUUUUUACAUAAGAAAAUUGUUACAAAAUAUGAAGUUUUAAAAGAUGAAGUUUUUUUUAAUUGUCCAGAAACAAUUAAAACUUUCUGCAAAAGAGUAUUUGUGCAUGGUAUAACUUUUGUGCUUGGUUUAAAUUCAUUCAUAAUAUUGGUUAAGAAUUUUAAGACAAAGAAAUGAAAUUGUUAUACAAAAUGCAAAUGUGAUUUUUUAAAUCCAUGUUUUCUAAUUAGCAUUAUUAUAAAGCAACAAAUAUAAACAUCCAUUAACCUAAUUUUUAGAUUAAUGUCAAACAAUUGCCAGAUUACAUCAGCUACAAUAAUGCUACUAAUUACUAAUUAAAUAUCAAGUAAUUUGGUCUAGAGAUAGGCUUUAGUAGUUAAUAAUUAUAAUUAAAUUAUUAUUUUAAUAAUUAAUUUAGAAGGUUCUGGAAGAAAAGAAUCUGCCUCAAGCAGGACUGCAACUCCUGCUUACCAUGUGGGUUCAAGUUCCACUUUGGGCUAAUUCUUUUCUUCCAGAAUCUUCUAAAUUAUUAAAAUAGUGCCUAAUUAUAAUUAAAUUAAUAACUCUUGAUAAAUUUAAUAAUGCCUACUUCUACUGGAUUAAUGGAUUACUGGACAUUUAAUUAGUAAUUAGUAGCAUUAUUAUUAAACACAGGAUGAUCAAAUGAAAAAUCUUACAAGCAGUACAAGGAGUUGGUGGCAGUGAAGGUCAGACUAGAGAAUGUUAUGAGAUGGUCUCGCUUGUUGUAUCAUCAAGUGUGACUCAGUAUUUCUAUACUUAACUUCUCAUGUUACUUGAUCAUCCAGUACAUGUAAUAUAGAUAAAUGAAAAGAGAAAAUUAUCAAUUCCUAUCAUUAAUUGUAAAAAAAUAAAGUUACUGUUUGAAUAGUAUAUAAUUGAUGUUUAUUGUAUAAAAUUUCCAUUAAAAAGUUAAUUUAUAGGCAUAGUAUUAAAUUUAUGUUACAUGGCUUCAGCAGUUUUAUUUACAACAUUAAAAUAAAAUGUCUAAUGAUUAGUUUCUAUUCAAAACUAAAGUAUAGUCUUACUUUGUAAUUUUACUAAAGUUUUUAUUUUUAAAUAUAAACAAAUCUAUUAAGCUUUAUUAAGCAUGCAUUUAUAGUUAAUUAUCAAUAUAAAUUACUGUAAAAAAGAAAUUUCUCUGUUCAAGAAAAAAUUGUAUUCAAAGAAAAAUAUAAUUAGUCUUUAAUUAAGCACAGUCAAAUUCAUUGAAUAGCUCAUUUCACCUGAAAUGUUUUAAAUUUAAAUUAAAAAAUUUGUAGUUAAAAUUUACAAACCAUUCAAUGAUGAUGGUAAAUUAUUAUAUAAUAGAUUAUUACACAAAGUUUCCUAGUUCUAUUUGUAAUAUAUGUAUUUAUGAAAAGAUUUUAUAUGGAUAAGGAUAAAAUGAAAUUGAAUUCUUGAAAAUACUUUCUAUAUUUAUUGAAAAUAUAUUUCUUGACAUAUUUUUAAGCAUAAAAAAUUUAAUAUUGUAAUUUGGUAACAUCCAAUGUAACAUUUUAAAAACAGAAUGUAUUUUCACUUUUAUAAGAGACCAAUAUUUUGAUGAAUGGAAAAUUCAAGUAUGGCAACUUUGCUUAAAGCAUUUUUUUUUAUAACUUGAGUGUGAUUUGAUAUUUCGAAGCAAAUUCCAGUAACCUGUACAUAAUGUAAUUUUAGAUUUAGUUUGUCAUUAACUAUAAUUGCUUAUUUUGUAUGCAUUACUUGCAAGAUUGUAAGCAUAAUAUAAAUUUUAUACUUACGGCAUGUCCAGAUACUUAAUAUUUUUAAUGUGCCAAAGUUAUGUUUUAAUAGUAGU